GCGAGCUACCAGGGCCGUGAAAAGCUGUCUGUCAGUGUGUAACUCUGUGUACCUCAUGGGGGGGUCUGUACGAGCGGAAUCUGGUAGGAUCUGAUCUGGUAGUCACUAAUGAGAGCCAAGCCUCUGUUCUACUGAACAAUUCACAUCCUCUGGAAUAGGACCGUUUAAGUGGUUCUAAAUAUAACCGCCAGCUAAAACCUUAACGUUACACCUCACAGGUAUACGCGCUCGAACGGACAGUUGAAUGUGAGUCAUAUAUGCCCGUUAUAUAAAUCAGCUGAUCUUAUCUGUUUACAAUCUUCAAAAAUAACAGUUUCAAUAGUCAGUGUACUAUAAGAAGUGAUCGCGUAUGAAACUUCCAAAGUCAGAACAUGAACAUGUCCUUCACUCCUUCUGAUGCUCCCACCGCGGGAGGUCGCUGCGGCUGCAGGAACCCUGAGCCGCCGAAUACAUGCGCUCUGCUCCCUGAGAUCCGAACUCAGAAGUUUGAAACCGCGCACAACAUCCUUCCCAUCCACUGCGUUCAUAUAACUGGUGCUUUUAUUUAGAGCGGUUCAGUCUCAUAACUCGGAUGUGCUGCGUUGCUGCAAGUGGGAUUGACUGGAUAAUACAAAAUGGGAGAGCUGUUUUGGAAUUAGAGUAGACACUUUUCAACUACUAUCUUCUGAGGAGAACUCUUCCACACUCUGCUUUGUAUUAUUAUAUGUAGGCUUCAUAAGGUGCAAGAGUGACGGCGUCUGGAACCCAACCUACGCCCCCCUCCCUCACACUGCCUCCGUGUUCCCAGCCAACAUGAGCCGGUCCUACAGGCUGCUGCAGCAGUGUCUGUCCCUCCUGAUGGUGGUCCGACUGCAGGGCAGGGUGACGGCCCCGGAGCGCCAGGAGGCCCCGGUGGAGUCUCCCUUCACCCUCAGCUGCUCCCUGGCCCGCGAGCGGCCCGGCGACGCCGUGAGGCAGGUGCGCUGGCUGGACGUCCAGAACCAGACGCUGCUAACCUACCAGCCCGGGCAGACGGACAGCGUGAGCGGCCAGCAGCACGUGGAGCUGGCCCCCGCCCCCAAGGACUCCUCCGCCAUCACCAUCCGCAGGGUGGGAUUCCGCGACGAGGGCUGCUACACCUGCAUCUUCGACCUGCUGCCCAGCGGCUCGCAACAGGGAACCACCUGCCUCACCGUCACCUCCCGCAUCACGCCGGCCUCUAACCAGACGGCGGUGGCGGGGAAGCGCGCGGUGCUGUCCUGCUCCUACGGCCUGCCUGAGAAGGUGCAGCAGGUGGUGUGGAGCCGCUCCCCGGGGCGGGGCGAGGCCCAGGAGGUGGCCUCGUUCGCCCGCCGCAGCGACCCCAUGGUGGAGCCCCCCUACCAGGGCCGGGUCUGGCUGUCCGCCUCGCUGUCCCACAGCCAGCUCACCCUCCAGCCCGUGGCCGUCCCCGACGAGGGCUGCUACACCUGCCUGUUCCACACCACCCUGGGGGGGCCCCGCAGCGCCACCGUGUGCCUGGACACCUACGGUGAGGGGCCGGGGUUACUACUAUGA